AUGAGUCAGUUUCGUUUGCAACUCUGGUGUGAUAAAAAUGAAAGAAUUUUGUUGACCUUCUUGAAUCUAAAGGCUUGUAUAAUGUGGCUUCCUGUGGUAAGGAAGAAGAGAACUGCAAAGAGAACCGCCGGUGCAAAUGUCGGACAGUACUGCCAUACCACGUCCUCGUUAUUGAUAAAAUCAACUCCUUCACACGAAGACAUCAUGAAUGCCUUUCAGUCGUUUAUACGGAAAAUUGUAUUGGUAUCUGAAGAUGAUUUCAUGACUACCUUGGGGAUUGAAGGAGAAUAUAUACAUCUUCUCGUCCACCAUCAUAAUAGUAUCUUGAGCUCAUGUUUAUCUUUCAAUAUGGAAAUCCCAUAUAGAUAG